CAGCAUUUAGUUACUAAGAGUCGCGGUGCAGAUUUAAAAGUAAAAUUAAUCUCUUGUCAACACAUUUAGGACUGGGUCUCGUCGAAAAGACGUGGUUUCUGAACCGAGAGCUAUGACCACAGGUGCGAGCAAUCCAAAACCUGUGCUGCUUUCCGGGAUCAAGUGCUUAGGAUAAAUUGACAACAUCAUGUGGACCGUCUCACAGAUGCCUCCUGGACCUUGUGAUCCGAUUUCUGGAAGACAGUGACAGGAUUUUCCUUCCCCAUAACCAACCCUGCUCAACUUUAAUACACAGUGACGUUGAGCAACAUUGCUUGAGAUUAUGCUGAGCAUCCUUGCAGCUGGCUCCAUAUUCUUCCCAGGCCUGUUCCUGCUGUCCAAACGAUUCCUGAAACAUGCUCCUGGGAUCAAAUGGAGCGAGAAGGAUGCUGUCAUCGUCUCAUCCAGACUGGUGUCCUCCGUUCAGGCCAUUAUGGCAUCCUCUGCUGGGUACAUCAUCGCCUGUUCUUGUAAAGACAUUAUUGAUGACCAGCAUUGGCUUACCAGCAGCUAUAUCCUCUUUGCUGUCCCCUACUUCGUCUAUGACAUCUAUGCCAUGUUCUUGUGCUACUGGUACAAACUUCAGGUCAAAGACCAUGAGGAGGAGAGCAAGGCCAAAUCGAUGAGGUCAGCCAUCAGCGGCUAUCUGCGGCGAGAGGUCCUUAUGGUCUUGCACCAUGUCGUGAUGGUUACUGUCUGUUUCCCUGUCUCUGUGUUCUGGAGACGGGGCAAAGGGGAUUAUUUCCAGGGUGUGAUGUUCCUGGCAGAACUCAGCACCCCGUCUGUCUGUCUGGGAAAGAUACUCAUCCAGUAUAAACAACAGCACACUCUCCUACAUAAAGUCAAUGGAGCUCUUAUGCUGGUCACUUUCUUCAUCUGUAGAGUUCUCCUCUUCCCCUACCUCUACUACGCCUACGGCAGGUACGCAUCCAUCCCCUUCUACAUGGUGCCGCUGUCUGUGCCCUGGCAGUGUAACGCAGGAGCAGCUUUUCUCAUGGCCCCGCAGGUCUACUGGUUUUCCCUCAUCUGCAGGCGUGCCUUCCGUCUCUUCACUGGAGCCUCAAAGCACAAAGCGACCCCUAGCACCACAGACUCUGAACCGAAAACCUCACCCCUGCCCCCUGCCAACGGAUACAUCCCCAGAGAGACCGACUCGCACUGAGAGAGGAGUAGAGAUAGAGAUGUAGGUACAAGGUAGUUGGGUUUAGACCAAACAGGAGACUGAAGGCAGGUCAUCUUAUUACAAUGGAUGGAUCUACCUUAGAUCAAGCGCUGUGGGUUAGCAAGCAAAAACAAACUGAAGGUCUGUACCCUCACUAUUCACCAUCAUCCUCUCUUUGAGAAGAAAAAUAAGACUGCAGAGCAAACCAAACUGAUAGUUUUCUCCCUAACAUGCAUGUUCUCUGUGUCGGAGCAGUAUGUCUGCUGCUUUACAGGGUUAGUGCAUCAUUUGUAGAUUACCACGGUCGUAAGCUUCAGAAAAAGGGACUGAUGUGGAUGCAACAGGAACAGUAUUUCUAAUGAGUGAUGGAUGGAAGGACUGAUAGAUGCCUCCUGUUCUCCUCUCUGUGAAUUUCUUUCUCUGUGUUUGUUACAGUUGCAGAGAGGAUACGAAAAAGGAAGCAUAAAUGUAUGUUGAUUUGUACAUAGGUUUUUAAUAAUAUUUACGUUUAGGUUUUUGUAGAUUCUGUUUUAUUUAUUAUUUAUUCAGGUCUAUUCCUAAUUAUGGGAGGAUUAGUUGAAAACAAAACCGCUCACUUCGAUAAAACCGAAGCUGUUGGAUUCAGAACAACCCCUCGAAUCCUCAUUGUGGGUGGUGCAUGGCCUCCUUCCAGCUGUCCAUCUCUCUGUUUUUUUCCCUUUCCUGGUUUUCAUGGCAGCUGAAAACAAGAUGGCUGGGGCUGCAACCAGUUAGUAAGUGAAUCAGCAGCUAUAAGGUAGAAGGGGAGUCAUUUAAAGGAUUUGGAUGAGGCUGACGUAAUACAUUCACAUAUCUCUGCUGCAGUACUCCAAUCCUUUUAAGAUCCAGACAUUGGACGGAGGGGGAAGGGACAGAGCAGCCAAGGCUCUCAGACGAACCUGAGCCAAUCGGUUUUUACUUUUCAUACAGUUUUAUGUGAGGAGAAUGCCAGCAUUAUAGCCCUCGCUAACCUCUUAGUAGACCCACACCAUAAUAUGGAUUCACUGAUUGUAAUCUGCACAUUGAAUGGGUUUCUCCACACAGACAAGGUCUUUCUUAACUGCAUCUCCUCAAGUAGUCAGACUUUGGACCUCCUAUAUAUCCAGACAGAAACAAUGACGAUGUGUUUUGUCACCAAUUAGUCCGCACUUUUAUUGUAAAAGUGUCAUUGGUGUAACGGUGUCAUCACAUACCUCCCUUAGGCCUGAUUCUGCUAUGCUCUCAAACAGGGAUGGCAGUCUGACGUUAAACAGUAUUAUUAGGGGAGGAGGUGAGAGGAUGGCGCACAAGGUGGAUUCUAGAAGUGAAUCUUGCGCUGAAUUCUCACAACAUCCAAGUCUGUGAGAUACUGUAAUACUUUUAAAAGCACUGCAUAGAUCAUUUUAGAUCAACGUCUCGGAUUUAGUUCUGGACCACUAUAAUUGGAUUCUUACAGAUUAGUAAUGUUUCUGUUAUGCACUAGAACAUUUUUGUUUUGCUGCUUUACAGUUAGCCCGUAUGCCAAAAGGCAUCCAUGUAGCCUUAAAAGUACAUGCUCUUUACACAAAGUACUGCUGGAUUGUUUUACACUGGGUCAUCAACGCUCAAAGGGACUGCCCAGUGCUGGCCAUGGAUAAGGGCAAGUAUUUUCAACUAUAGCAAAGUGUACUGGUUUGGGCAUAGGUUAAAAAUUAUAUUUUGAGCUAGGAAUGACGACUCUUCUGACUGUAAUUAUGCUUAUUGUUAACUUAUUCUUUUAAUUUAUGUAUUUAUUUGGCCAAGUCUGAAUGUAGAUAUGACUUCACAUCUAGAUGUUCUUCUGUGUAGGCUUCUGUUUAUCUAGUUGUCUGAAAACUGUUCUGUAAUUCUGGUUUUCUCAGCUGAAAUAUACUCUUGCUCUCUCCUGCUGUGC